AUGGAAUUAAUGCAGAGCUAUGCCAAGGAAGAUGGAGCUAUUGGUGUGGAUGAUCUGCAUCGUUGGCCUCACGGCUCCGACGUAUUCGGCUUCCUUUCGGAGACAACAUCUGCUAGCUCGGUGGGCGAGUUGAUGAAGCGAAAAGAAAAGCUCAAGGGCCUGGUGUCUCUCGCCAGCCUCUGGGCGCCCAGAGACUACAAGUAUACACCAAGUUAG